AUGACUACAAAUAUUGCUGAAUCGUUUAAUGCUUUGGCACGACAAGCACGAAAGUUGCUAGUAAUGAUGCUCCUUGAAUUUUUGCACUCAACUUUACAGAAAUGGUUUUAUACUCGCUGCAAUAUGGCAGGUGCUUGUACUCAUUCCCUAACUCCAUGGGCUGAAGAGAAGGUGGCCGGUCAUAUCCGAAAAUCUGCCAAUAAGAUUGUGAAGCUAAUAACUAUUGAUCGAUAUGAAGUAAAUGGUCCGAGUAAACCUGUUGCUAUAGUUGAUCUUGCUACAAAGGAGUGUACCUCCAGGAAAUUUCAACUAUCACAAAUACCAUGUACACACGUUGCAGCAAUUGUCAGAUUUCAAAACCUCUCGCACUAUUAUCCAUGGGUGAAUAAGUAUUACUCAACUGAAUAUUGGCAAGCAGUAUAUAGAGAAAGUGUUGAACCAUUGGGCGAUCCAUCAGAAAUUAGAAGAAAUACGUAUAGUCCACCCACCUUAGAUGGGAUAUUGACGUUCUGGUCGACCCUCAAAACACAAUAA